AUGAGCCCCAACCGUGGAAACCCUCCCAAGGUCAUAUUCCAGAUGAGCUUUCCUGCUCUUGAGUACCUGCGUCUUGAUAAUUGGCACUCUGAUAUUAAGGAAAUCAGCACUGCGCUGUUUCCCGGUACAUUCCCAAUAUUCACGUUUUGGGAUCAAUUCAAGCGAUCAAGUCGUUUUUCUGGCACAAAUCAGCGGAUUUGGAACUUCAAGAUUGGUAUAAGAUGUUGCAAUGCGACGGACGUGGAUACUUUCUACGAGAUGACCAACAGAUUUUUCAACCGCCUGCGCAUUGAUGAGGUGAUAUUGAGAUUGAGACGAUUUCAGCGCUCCUUCCUCGCCUACCCUCACUGGCUAACCUGGAGGCUUGUGAUUUUAUACAGCGAGGACACAUAUACCGACGCUCUUGACCAGUUUACCCCCGAUCUCGCCAGUUUGUCCACUGCGGGCCACUAUCCACUUCGGUGA